GAGGCGCCAGGUUAGAUGCAGUCCUCGGCUAGCGUUCGACAGGCAACCAGGCGCGACGAUCUCGUGCAACAGUGUCAGACGGACCGCCGCUUUGAACGAACGGCGGCUUUGAACACAAGAACCUCGCGAUCGGUGCGCGAAGGUGUGGAUUGUUUACAUUCCUCAUAUAUAAGUGAAGCAGGUGACUCGAGAUCGACCGCGCCCUUUCAAAGUUUCUUCGAGGUCUUUGAGCCUCAGCAGGAUUCCUUGAUCACUGAACAUUCCCUAGAUCCUAGAGCAGCAGCUUUUCCACAACACAAAAUGUUGUCGCUGUUGCUGAUCGCGUCCUUUUUGACCUUCUCGACCGUCCAUGUGUCCCUCGCACGCGAGGUCGACUUCUGCUUCGCGAACGAAGAUGAUCCGUACUUGUACAUGGACAAAACCGCGUAUCACUUCGUUCACGGCGGCAAAACCCCAUUUCAAACAGUACCGAAUUGCCGACCAGUUCAAAUCUGGAUGCUCGCAGCACAUGGGACUCGCUGUCCAACUGUUGAUGAAAUCAACGAAAUCGUUGCUUUAACCGAUCUCAAGGAGCAGAUACUUAACAAUCAUGAAACGCGUGGCGAGGGUCACAUGUGCAAUCGAGAUCUGGAUAAUUUGCGAAGGUGGCAGCCGGAUGAAUACUUAGCACCUCGACGAGCGGAAGUCCUGACGCCGCAGGGAGUCGAGGACAUGAAGCUGCUGGCGAGAAGGUUGCAGAGCAAUUUUCCGGAACUGCUGCAACCCAACUACGACAGCAUCACGCCUGCCAAUUACAGGUUUCGCGCUACCGAAGCACGCGACAGUAUGGCAUCCUUUAUGGAAGGUCUGUUUGGAAGUAGAUCGGCCGUACUUCCUGAGGACAGUUCCCUUAACGAUACCUUACUUACGGCGUACAAAACGUGCGGAGGUUGGGAGGAAAAUAAGGAGCACGAACAAUCGCACGAGAAUACGGAACGUAGCAAAUUCGAUGCUGGACCAGAAUUUCAGAAUCUUGUAAAGAACGUCAGCCGACGACUCGGUUUUCUGUACAGCCUUUCCACCGAAACAGUCGACGCGAUAUACGACGCUUGUCGAUAUGAAAAAGCCUGGACGGUGACCAAACUUUCACCUUGGUGCGCCGUCUUCAGCAAAGAGGAGCUGCGGAUCUUGGAAUACAGAGAAGAUCUCGAUUAUUAUUACAAAGCUGGCUACGGACGAGAGAUCAACACUCGUCUAGGAUGUCCUCUUCUGCACGACAUGAUGCAACACUUCUGGAAUAUAGCGAACGAUCAGAUGUCGGGCGAACCGGCAGGAAUCUUCUACUUUAGCGAUGCAAUUAGUCUGCAGAAUCUGCUGACAGCUAUGAAUAUAAACGAAGACUCGACGAAACUGACUAGCUACAACUAUAAGGACAUGGCCAGACGACAAUGGCGUACAUCCAUGAUAUCAUCCUUCGCCGGGAAUCUCAUCGCGGUAUUUUACAAGUGUAACGACAGCAACGAACGCAAUAAAGUAAUGUUUUACCUGGCUGAGAAACCGGUGCGAUAUGAGGGCUGCCAGGUAGGCCUCUGCGAUUGGGAGUUCCUGAAGAAGAGAUUCGGCAAAUUGGUGUCCAAUUGCAAGCUCGACGUCUGCUGGAAGUCAAGCGCAGCAUCCUCCAGCCACCUGGAAUCCAUAGCCAUCCUAUCAUUAGUAUUCUUUGUUCUAGUCCGCUUUAGUUACAGCCGACGAAUAAUUUUUUGACAACUGACCAUGGCCAGUCCAAGGACACGACGAGUGCUGGGUGAAAUCAAGCUGAAGGAUGAGAAUAACAAAUGCUUUGAGUGUGGCAACCACAAUCCACAAUGGGUAUCCGUGACAUAUGGGAUUUGGAUAUGCCUGGAGUGUUCGGGCAAGCAUCGUGGCUUAGGCGUACACUUGUCAUUCGUCCGUUCUGUCUCUAUGGAUAAGUGGAAGGACGUGGAGCUUGAAAAAAUGAAGGUCGGUGGUAACAGAAACGCUCGAGAAUUUUUCGAGAGUCAACCCGACUGGGACGAGUCCAUGUCUAUCUCACAGCGUUACAAUACAAAAGCAGCAGCAUUAUACAGGGACAAGAUUGCUACAUUGGCACGAGGAGAACCUUGGAGUCCUAGCAGUUCAACAGCGAAGGACUUUGAGCCCUCAAUAUUCACUGAAAACAGACAAGAUUAUUCAUAUCAGAGCGAUUUGACAUCUUCUUAUCAAAAUAUGGAUUCCAACAGCCUAAAGACACAAACGGAAUCUUUCUUUGCGAGAAGACAGAGCGAAAAUGCCACUCGUCCAGAUAACGUUCCACCAAGUCAAGGCGGCAAAUAUGGUGGUUUCGGUUACCAAAUGGAUCCACCACCCAAGAGUUCAUCCCAGGAACUAUUUGACACCGCAGUAUCUUCAUUAGCGACUGGCUGGUCAUUAUUCUCUUCUUCGGCAUCGAAAAUAGCAAGCAAAGCUACUGAAAAUGCUAUCAAAAUCGGUGGACUCGCGACGCAAAAGGUGCGUGACGGCACAUUGUUAGAAGACGUUGGCAACCAGGUUAAUCAUUUGGUUACAAAGGUAGGGGACAUAACUAGACGAGGGGGAUGGGGUGACAUUGCCGGGACCAAUUCAGCCGAACAGAAGCAGUACGAUUCGACAGAUCUGUAUCAAUGUUCCCCCAACAGCCCUAAUGCGUAUCAGAACAGCGAUUCGAUGCAGACAAAUCGCUCCAACGAAAAAUCAUCUCUGGUGAGAAGCUCCAGUUCCAAGAGCAACAUUUCCACUGGAAAUUUCUCCAAUGCGUCAAAUUGCGAUUGGGAUUGGAACAAUGACACAAAGCAAUUAGGCAAGACGGUAACGUCGAAGAAACAGUCAAAGGCCGAGAAAAAGGAAGAAUCGCUGAUUAGUUUCGAGACAGACAAUAAAGCACAACAAAAUUGGAACACUAAAGCGGAAGACGACGCCUGGGAAAUACUAAACAAUUAAUCGAACGAAUUUAAGCGCCAACUUUGCGCGAAUUAGAGAAAAAAUAUCUAUACGUAUUAAUUUUUACGAAUUAAAGAGAAGAGACGGAUUACAUGUUUCUCAUAAAACAAUCCAUUCUCCUAAUACUCGUGAAAUAUAAUUCAAUUUUAUUUAAUAAUUCGACAUACUAUAAGUCGCACUGAUUUUUAUCAAGUAAAUUUUCAAUUAAAAUAAAUUAUUAACAUUCCAA